UGAUUACCAAACAUUUGGUUUCGAAACUACUUUAUACAGAGGUGAUGAUUUAACAAGAAUGCUAAAUGAGAGAAUAAUUAAGGAUGAAAAUAAUUCAAUUCAGCUGUUGAUAUACACUAACUAUUUAGUAAUAAGAUAACAAAAAUAGUAAUUGGAUAUCCUUACAUAGAGACAGAAUGACUGAAAUUGAAAACAAAUCAACAGAAGAAACAUUGGAACAUUGUGCCAUGCAUGGAACAAAGACCAACAUGACUCAGAGGGAGCCUCCAGAACCACCAAACAAAGUCCUCAAAAUUCAGCAGAAUCUCAGAACGUUUUAUGUGAACAACAGAAAUUUCAUUUUGCAAAUGAUAAAGAUUCUCCUUGUCUUAGCAUAUGCUGGAUAUUUUGGCUAUGCAAUGUAUUUGGAUUUUCAAAAGAACAUCGCUCUGUUUGUUCUCACAAUAUGUGUUAUAGUGCUGUGGAUGUAUGAAGUCUUGAAAACAAAGUAUGGGGCCCAAGUGCAAGAUGGAAUUGGAAUAAAACUGGAAACUCUUCUUCAAAAAGUGUCGCCAUAUCAUAGAUGGGUGCUCUACUUUAUACUAUUAGUUGGGUUUAUUGUAUUCCUGGUGGUUGAUAUGAGAGAGCGACCCAAUCAGUUGAUAUCUCUAGCAGGCCUAUUCCUGUGCAUCGUGGUUGCCUUCCUGCUAUCAAACAACAAGGCAAAGAUCCUAUGGAGACAAGUCAUUGCAGGUCUUGCUAUGCAGUUCAUAUUUGGGCUAAUUAUCUUGCGUUGGAACUACGGUCUCAUUGCAUUGAGAUGGGUAGGCCAACAGGUGGCGUUAUUUAUAUCAUAUACUGAUGCUGGAGCGCGGUUUGUCUUUGGUGAGAAGUUUAGAGAUCAUUCAAUGGCUUUCCAGUCUAUGCCAGCUACAAUAUUCUUCGGUGCUGUGAUUGCUCUUCUCUUUUACUUUGGUGCCAUACAGUUUGCUAUAGUGAAGAUUGGCUGGUUGAUACAGAGUGUGAUGGGCACUGGGACAGUGGAGUCAUAUGUGGCUGCAGCUAACAUAUUCUUUAGUCCAACAGAAUCUGUAGUCACAGUCGGCCGCAUAUUGAAGGACCUCACUUCAUCAGAAAUCAGUGCCAUCUUUACCUGUGGUCUAGCAACUAUUGCUGGGGCAGUUAUGGCUCUGUAUAUAACAUUUGGGGUGUCUGCCAGCCACUUGGUGUCCGCCAGUGUGAUGUCUGCCCCUGCAGCUUUGGCCAUCUCAAAGAUCAUCCACCCUGAGACAGACAAAUCGAAAUUUGCAAGAGUUGAGGACAUAACGUUUGAAAAAUCGAAUGACACAAAUGCUAUUGAAGCUUUCUCCAAUGGUGCCUCUGCAAUGGUGAAGGUAGUUGCCUUUGUACUGGUAAACAUGAUUGGCUUCAUUGCUGGCCUACAGUUUCUCAACAUGACAGUCACCUGGUUUGGAGAGAGAGUUGGUGUAGAAAAUCUCACACUCCAGGGUAUCUGGGCAUAUAUCUUCAUGCCACUGGGCUACCUAAUGGGUGUAGCAUGGGCAGAUUGUUACAGAGUGGGGGAACUGAUCGGCAAAGGUAUCUUCAUUAACAGUUUCCUCUCUUACCUGGAUCUUGGACAACUCAUCAGAAACAGAGAGAAUGGAGUCCAGCCCUUCAUAUCUCAAAGAUCUGAAGCAAUAGUGACUUAUGCUGUAUGCAACUUCGCAAACUUUGGCUCUGUAGGAAUGAACCUGGGAUCCUUUAGCGCACUAGCACCUUGUAAAAAGACCACUUUGUCUCAGAUUGCGCUGAAAGCACUUGUGGGUGCCAACCUUGCCAGUUUUAUGACAGCUUGUAUAGCAGGGCUAUUGUAUACAGAGUAACGAACCAGAUAGCUGUGACAUUGAAAAGCAUGGAUGGUAUUAACAUACAGUACAUUUUCAUCAAAAAUGAGACCCAGAAAUAAACAAUUAUAUCACAAAUUGAGAAGAAAACAUAAUAUUAUGGAGAUUAUGUGAUAAACCUGGACAAGUCUUAUUGUACCAUAGACUACUUUAACACAUGUGGAAUUAAUAAACUAAGGCCUUUAUUGGAAUGAAAGUUGAUCUAUUAUGGGCAAGGUGAGGCAAACUAGGUGAGGCAUCAAGCUACAGGGAUUUGAUACCACCGUUGGACUUCAGAUUCACUUGAAAAAUGUCUACUUUUUGUAGAAUAUUUCCUGGCUUGCCUAGUGCCUAAUGCAUUGUAUAAAGGAUCAAAGAAUGAAACAGAACUACAGUGUAUUUUGUAUGUGUAGAUAGCAACAUGUUUUGGUCUUAUUAUAGUCUGAUUAUGAACACUUUUUCAUAAAUUGAACAGCUAUGAGUUGGUUGUUUCAGAUGUACAUAUACUACGAUAUAUAUACUAUAAUAGAUAAACUCUUGUUGUCACUAUGAUAAAUAAAUUAAAUAACAAUAAAAUGUUGUAUUGUGUAUACAUAAUAAACAAUUAUCAAUAUUUCAAUAAGUAAAUCACAGUUCAUUCGUUUUAUUUCACCAAUUUUUAACAGUGUUUUAAUGCUUUUACUAUUGGACUAGUGACAAAAUAAAAAUAAUGCUAUUUGUUGGCUCACAUGGUGAAAAGGCCUAUUUCUCCAAAAAGGCAAAUGUAUGGGCAGGGAUCAAAGGUAUACAUGUAAAUAUACAA